CUAGGUUUGUGCAUCACCGAAUUUAUCACCAGCCAAUCACAACAAGCCAAUAACCUUUUUACCUACACCUACCAAUCAGUCGGCGAACUAGCAGCAUUCCUAGUAGGAUGGACUUCCGUUUUUCAACACCUGGUGGCGUUAGCAGCAGUAUGCCGAGUACAAAGUGCAAUAAUCAACUUUUUAACGGGAAAGAGUGUCCAUCGUUUUUUCGAGCACGUGCUUGGUCGUGUCGUAGUGCUGGACACUGUGCCCGAUGUCCUGGCGUUAGGCCUAGUUCUUGCCCCAGCCAUUGUCGUAACCCUAGGCCUUCGUCACAGCAGAUGGCUGGGUUGUUUUUUAGUUACCUCUUCCACACUGACAGCAACGUUCUUCGUAGUUAUUGGAUCUCUUUAUAGUGACGUAAGAAACUGGACAGAGAGCGGAGGCUUUUUAACCAAAGGUCCUGGUGGGGUAUUAACUGGUGCUGCCAUCUGUAUCUAUGCAUUCCUCUGUCCACACGCAGUCAUCAAAGAAACCAAGCGAUUGCAGCGCCCCCACAAGGACAUUCCUGUAGCUAUUGGGAUCAGCUGUGUCCUCUGUUUUCUGGUGUGUUUUAGCAUGACGGUUGUGUUAAACCUAUUCGUUCCCUAUAACGAUCUUCAGUCUGCAGUGCCGCUUGUGAAUGCAUUUGCAGUACGAGACGUCGGGUGGGCUAGAUUCGUGAUGGCUAGCGGCGCCUUAUUGUCACUAACUUUGUUAUCAUUGGAGACCUCUUACCCACUCUUCCAGACAAUCAGUUUGAUGGCAGCCGAUGGUUUGAUAUUCAGAAGUCUUUCCAAAGUUUGGGAUAAAACGGGAACUCCAGCGGUCUCCAUGUUUGUAUUUGCUCUAUUAAGUUCUUUAUUCGCCGUCUUUCUUGACGUGGAGGACCUAAUCGAAAUAAUGGCCACCCCACCUCUGCUUAUCAAUACAAUAAUAAGCACUUUGACUUUGGUGAGGCGUUACCAGCCUCCGGACUCCUGGCUGUACGAGCCAGUCCUCCUCAGUGAUUGUUCUCCGACAGACUCAGAAUGUUCUGGAAGAACUCCACUGACUUAUAAUCGGAGGUUCUCAAUAGAACAUGGCAGGACUAAUGUCCGUCCACAAAACCAAAUGACCUACAAACAAGAAAGUGUUAUGCCUAAAGGCCGUCCAACAAGUCAACUGACCUUCAGCCAAGAAAAUGAUAAGCCUUAUGGCUGUCCAACCUCUAUUCGGAAUUCCUCAGAAAUUAAUGUGAAACUUGAUGGUCAUCCAACCAAUCAAUCACUACAAAUCGAUAAGAACUCUACACCACAAGAUCUGAUUGAUUGGAAUGCCAACAGAGAAAACAAAAACGUGUUUGACACAUCGAAAAAAUGGUUCUUAGAUGAAAACUCCCAGAAGCUUCUCGUCGGUUCUUCUCUCAGUGAAAGUGACACCAACCAAGAAGACACUUCGGAAACAGACAUCGACGCAAUCGUAGCUGAGUAUAAAGAAAAAUUAAAAGUUGCAGCUCUCACUCACAUCGAAGGCCCUAGUCGUGGACGCGAACCCACCGGAGUUACGGGACGACGGGUAACCAUGGCAACAGUUGGACUUACGCUAGGGUUCUUGGUAAUGUCCCUGACUAUGACCGUGUGGUCCCCCUACCUAACCGAGGGACAUCCCGCCUGCAUUAUAAUGUCAUCAUUGGGAUUUGUACUGGCUGUAAUUAUGCUCCUGGUUAUAACUCGACAGCCACAGAUAGGGCCCUAUCAGGUCAGAGGUCAGAGACCAGCCUUCAGAGUGCCACUUCUCCUAUCUAUUGCUCCUAUUGCUAUAUUUCUCAACGUCUGCCUCUUAGUCGAGUUACUUACCAUUGUCUGGAUCCCUAUUCUCGUCUGGAUGACAAUAGGAUUCGUUGUUUAUUUGUUAUACGGGAUUCACAGCUCAACAGCAGCCACAGCCUUCGACGUAUCUCCGUCCCGUCAAAUAUGUUUGCAACCGUUUCCGCAAGAGGGCAGAAACUUCAUCAACCAAAUCGUACCUUCCCACCGAAGCAACCCUAGAAGUCAGCGGCACCUGGCGGAAGUUGAUACUGUGCUGAUCCAGCACUAAACUUGUACGUUGUAUGAAUGAAUAAGCGGUUUAGAACAACGAAAAUUUUCCGGUGUGUUUUAAUAUUAGUCUGUUACAAAAUGUUUUUUCUUAUUAAAUUAUUACAUUUGAACGAAGUAGCUGGAGAAUAACUGGGUUGUUUAAAGAUAGAAAAUUCCGAUUGUAAAAACUAUGCUGACUGCCAAUAAGGCAAGAUUUAUGAAGAGAGACCUCUAGUGAACAUGAUAUUUUAUUAGAAAACAUUCAUUAGUUAAUAAGCGUUAAUUGAGUUAUUUUUUCUGUUAAGAGUUCAGAAAUAUGUUUGGUUAUCAUCCAGGUGUGUUCAACCACAUCUACACAAUAGUCUUGACUUAUUGGUUAUCAGAAAUAUGUAUGGUUAUCAUCCAGGUGUGUUCAACCACACUUACACAAUAGUCUUGACGUAUUGCUUAUCAGAAAUAUGUAUGGUUAUCAUCCAGGUGUGUUCAACCACACCUACACAAUAGUCUUGACUUAUUGGUUAUCAGAAAUAUGUAUGGUUAUCACCCAGGUGUGUUCAACCACUCUUACACAAUAGUUUUGACUUAUUGGUUAUCAGAAAUAUGUAUGGUUAUCACCCAGGUGUGUUCAACCACUCUUACACAAUAGUUUUGACUUAUUGGUUAUCAGAAAUAUGUAUGGUUAUCACCCAGGUGUGUUCAGCCACACCUACACAAUAGUCUUGACUUAUUGGUUAUCAGAAAUAUGUAUGGUUAUCAUCCAGGUGUGUUCAACCACACCUACACAAUAGUCUUGACUUAUUGCUUAUCAGAAAUAUGUAUGGUUAUCAUCCAGGUGUGUUCAACCACUUACACAAUAGUCUCGACUUAUUGCUUAUCAGAAAUAUGUAUGGUUAUCAUCCAGGUGUGUUCAACCACUUACACAAUAGUCUUGACUUAUUGGUUAUUUUAAGUGGUCAUUAACAGUACUUGUUUACCACACAGUUUAUCAUUAACAGUACUUGUUUACCACACAGUUUAUCAUUAACAGUACUUGUUUACCACAUAGUGUAUCAUUAACAGUACUUGUCUACCACACAGUUUAUUAUUAACAGUACUUGUUUACCACACAGUUUAUUAUUAAUAGUACUUGUUUACCACACAGUUUAUUAUUAACAGUACUUGUUUACCACACAGUUUAUCAUUAACAGUACUUGUUUACCACACAGUUUAUUAUUAGCAGUACUUGUUUACCACACAGUUUAUUAUUAACAGUACUUGUUUACCACACAGUUUAUAAUUAACAGUACUUGUUUAACACACAGUUUAUUAUUAACAGUACUUGUUUAACACACAGUUUAUUAUUAACAGUACUUGUUUACCACACAGUUUAUCAUUAACAGUACUUGUCUACCACACAGUUUAUUAUUAACAGUACUUGUUUAACACACAGUUUAUCAUUAACAGUACUUGGUUACCACACAGUGUAUUACUAACAAUACUUGUUUACCACACAGUUUAUUAUUAACAGUACUUGUUUAACACACAGUUUAUUAUUAACAGUACUUGUUUACCACACA